CAGAAGUAAUAGCCAACGAAAUUCAUUAAAUCUCAUUUCGAUUUGUAGGUAAACUAUAUUUUUUGCUUCUAAAUUUUGGUCUGCAUUCUUCAGCAUGGUAGAAGCCCUAGGACCAGCAAAAUUCUACGGUAGUAACCUCCCUAGGCCACGGUUUUACAAACCCAACGAAGAGCGAGUGGACCCACCAGUCUCCGUUAUUGAUCCAUUAAUGUCAUGGGCGGAGGAAGCCCACUGGUCCAUGGGUGGUGUGAACUUCAUGCGCCACCGUCUUCAGGGCCGCAUUGAAGGCAACAUCGAGAAGCUACGCUCCGAGCUUGAAAAGGUCGAGAAGAAGACCGGCAAAGAAACCCCUGCAAAGUGUUUGACUCCGUUUCCUGGAAGUCCAUUGCCUCCUCCUGCUCCUUAUGUAUUGAAGCGGAAGAGGUUUUUGAUUGAUGAAUCUGAACUAAAGGAGCGCGUGGGGAGGAAGCUGGGAGAUGAGUUUGAUAGGGUAGCGGAGAAGAGUGAAUUGAAGAGCGGUGGAGCUGUGGAGGCUGUUGCUAGGAGGACGAGGAGCCGGAGGAGUGAAGAUGCUGCUGAAGUUGUAAAUCAGGUGAAAUCUAAGGCUGAGAAAUUGAAGGAGGGUUUGAAGGAUGACGAGAAGGUUGGAUCGUCGACAAGAAUUUCGCCGAGAUUGUUGAAACGUAGGUCGCCUUGAAGGUGUUUGAUAAUUUGCGUCAUUGACUGGGAUAUGUAGAAUACAGGACUAUAGUUUGUUUUUUGUUUAUUUCUUUUACUUUUUUUAAAUUAAAAAUUCGAUUGCUGGUGUCAGCUAAAUCUUAUUGAAACUGCAGAAAUCUUAGCUAAAUGAAGAGGAAAUUUAGGUUCUUGCUUCUUGUAUUAUCUGUUCCAUGAUAUAUAGUGGUAGUAAUUGUAGCUAAAUGUUGCAUUAUUGAGAUUGUGGUUGAUUUGUUUCAUCCUGCUGUUGUCUCUGAUAAUUGUUCUAAAUGAUAAACUAUUGCCUUUA